AGCGCUGGUUCGUGUGGAAAAAGAGGUGUCAUGUCUGACGCCGGCGGCGGCGAGGAAAACCAGGGAGAAGAAGGGGCGAGCAAAAUCUCGUCCAUGUUGCAGCCGCUACCAACGCCGCUCUUCUAUAGCCGGCGGAGACGUUCCUCGCAGCACGCCAAUUCGCAGCGACAAGAAGAGAUGCUUCGCCCGGGAUCAGAGCACGGCCUCAAAUCGAAAUCGAUCUCCUGCGAACCAACCACGGAGGUGCUUGAUGAAGAGAUGGAUUGGCAGGAAGAGGAGGAGGAGGAGGAGGAGGAGGAGGAAGAAGAAGAAGAAGAAGAAGAAGAAGAAGAAGAGGAGGAGGAAGAAGAAGAGGAGGAGGAGGAGGAGUCCAUGGAGACUGAGAAGAAGGAGUUCGCUGAACACCUUGCCAGAUGGGAAUCCAGUUUUGGCAAGGGAUAUGAAGUUUUGACGACUUUCAGUCCAAUGCUCUUUACACACUGCGCACCGGGUUUUGUCCCGUUUGGGGCUGCUCGUGUCGGAAGCCUACAGAUCUAUUCUAUCAAAAUUGCUAAAAUAAAACACCUGAAGUGGCCACUGUAUGUGUACGGCGUGGUUGCGGCGCGAGACUACGUGGAUAACAAACGCAAUAUUCUGUUCUAUCGCACAAGCCGUUGCUACCAGACCCUCACUAAAAAUAAUCCUUAUUUGCACUUAACUGGCCCUUGUCGUGCAAUUAUGUCCAAGGAACCCGUCGAAAUAGAAAUCCAACUGAAAUUAAGGGGACAGCCUGAGGGUAGAGCAUUGAUCAGUAGAGUUUUACGAUAUAACAAUCCUCGCAAUCUUGACCAUUUUUAUUCCUACCUCUCCAACCGCUUGUGCAAAAUGGAGUUAUGCUUCGAACAACUCGAACGGUCAUGCCAGGCCACUGUGGUGGGUGUUCAUGCUAUUGAAGGGUCGCCUUUUAAGUAUGGCGGACAAGUUGUUUGUUCUACAUUACCUUGGGAGGAUCCUUUUAGGAAAGUUGUCCUAUUUGAUUCAAAGAAUGGCACAGGGCGAAUGGUUUGUGAAGGAACAACGAGUGAAGAGUCGCAUGGUUACCUCGAUCUGUCAAGGUGUGUUGUUUCUGUACAAGGAAUGCUCAAAGUUUUCAUACAUACCUACUCACGCUCUGGUGCUAUCCUUGCAAGUGGUCGUGUGGUGUUCAAAGCCAAAGAAUGCCAAAUGAGUAAAGCUACAUGUGUUCUUCACGGCAGCAAGGCCUCCAAAGGGAAGGACUCUAAAGUAAAGAUUACUGUUGCUUGGUCCCGCCUGGUUACAACCAAAAACUGUAUCGAGCUUAAGUGCCUAACUAAUGUUUAGUGAAGCUCGAGCUUGAUAUUGCCAUGGAAGUUCGGUACGCAUCUUGCGAUUGAGCAUAACUCGUAAGUUGACUGUUCUA